AUGGAGUUCCAAAUUCUCUCCGACCUGCACCUCGAAACUCCCGCCUCCUACGACAUCUUCGAUAUUCCUCCCAAAGCCCCACACCUAGCCCUGCUCGGCGACAUCGGCAACGUGCGAGACGAAGGCUUCUUCCUCUUCCUCGAGGCACAGCUCCGCCAGUUCCACACAGUCUUCUUCGUACUGGGCAACCAUGAACCUUUUCAUUCCAGCUGGGCCGAGGCGCGAAACCUAAUACUAGAAUUCUCAACGGACGUCGCCGUGCGGGCGGACGCUGAGGGCCUGGGAGAAUUUGUUUUUUUAGACCAGACGCGUUACGAUGUGUCGAAUGAUUUGACCAUACUCGGAUGCACCCUCUACUCGCACGUACCACCAGAGCAUGAGGAGGACGUUCGUUGCGGACUGAACGAUUUCUACCAGAUUGACGAUUGGACCGUAGAAGCGCAUAAUGCUGCACACGCCGCGAAUGUCAAAUGGUUGAAUGAGCAAGUCCUUUCAAUAUCGAGGUCGGAGCCGGGACGACGGAUCGUGAUACUCACCCAUCAUAGCCCGAUUAUAGAUGACCCACGCGUAAUUGAUCCAGCCCACGCAGACAGCCCGAUACUGUCUGGUUUUGCAACUAAUAUGAAGGGAGAGGAGUGCUGGAAAAAUGCGAAUGUUAUCAUGUGGACAUUUGGGCAUACGCAUUUUAACUGUGACUUUACGGUGGACGAUGAAAAGGCGACCCGAAAGAGGAUCUUUAGUAAUCAGCGAGGGUAUUACUUCAAGCAGGCGGCUGGGUUUGAUGUGACUAAUGUAGUGAAUGCUUAA